AUGAACACCAAAGAUAUGCCGACGGAAUAUGGUUCUGCUCUGUACAAGGGCAACCAGCCCAAUGCGGAUGCGUCCGUUGUCGACAUCGUCCGAAGAGCCGGAGCUCUGAUAAUGGUCCUCAACCCAGGUCCCGCCACUACCAACCCGCACGACCCAAACCGGACACCGGGUGGAUCUUCGGCUGGGUCUGCGGCUGCCGUGGCUGACUUCCACGUCCCACUCAGCUUCGGAACCCAAACUGGAGGUAGCGUCAUUCGCCCUGCGUCUUACACGGGCACAUACGCCAUGAAGCCAACCUUUAACACGAUCUCUGGUGGGGGGAUCAAAGUUGCCUCUCUCGAGUUCGAUACCAUCGGGUACUCCGCUCGUAGUCUGGAGGAUCUCAAACUUCUUACCGAAAUUCUCAGCAUCUCGGUGGAAGAACCCCCUGAGGAAACAGCAUUGGAAACCAUGAGAGUAGGGUUCGUGAAGUCACCGUUUUGGUCAUCUGCCGGGUCUGGCACUCUCACGGCUAUGGAGAAGGCCGCCGAGAUCCUCAACAAACACGGUGUCCAGGUCGAUUACGUCGAAUUCCCGGAUGGUUUUACUGAUGCCGACGCAUUGAAUCGGAUGUUCAAGGUUAUCUUUGUAGCCAAUGGCGGUGUGGCAUUCUACAACGACUAUCUCAUGGACGCUACGAAGACCAAGCUGGAUCCGGAGGUCCGCGCAUCCGUUGACGAAGCGCGUAAACUCUCCCGCGACGAGGUACGGCAGGCAUUCGAUUACUACGCCGCUCUUCGACCUGUGCUCGACAAGAUCGCCACCAAGUACUCCGCACUCAUCACCCCCAGCGCGACCGAUGAAGCACCCGUAAGUCUGGGCGAUAUGGGCAGUCCCAUUUUCAAUUCGGUAUGGACGGCAGCACACAUGCCAGUGAUCCACAUUCCUGCCUUUGCAGGACCUAGGGGCAUGCCGGUCGGCUUGUCACUCAUAGCCUGCCGCAAUGAUGAUCAACAUCUGCUGAGUGUGGCCAAGAUCCUAAGUGAACCUCUUAUGGGCGAGGGGGGGUGGCAGGAGACGUUGGUGUGCUCUGAAGCUGGUCUAGCACCCGAACCUUGA